AUGGCCCUCCAAAAAUCCGAAGCAGUGUGCUUCCACUCAGCUCGGAAAGGGCCACCUCAAGGCGCGAAUCUCGUAGUCGGGGGUGUCACCAUUGCUGUCCAGCCGAAGCUCAAGUAUUUGGGCCUCGUGCUGGACAGCAAAUGGAGAUUCGACCACAAUUUUAAAGCGCUGGUUCCGAGGCUCAUGGGGGCGGCAGGUGCGCUGACCCGUCUUCUUCCCAACGUCGGAGGAUGCAGCGUCGGUACCCGGCGACUGUAUCUUGGGGUGGAGCACAGUAUGGCCCUGAACGGUGCUCCCGUGUGGUCGCCCGCACUCUCCGCGCGAAAUGCGGCUCUGCUGCUUAGAGCUCAACGGGUGCUCGCGGUGAGGGUCAUCAGGGGGUACCGCACCAUCUCUCAGGAUGUGGCCUGCGCCCUCGCCGGAUCCCUACCCUGGGACCUCGAGGCCGAAAUCUUGGCUGCGAUAUAUCGGCGUAGGGCCUGCGCCCUGCGCCUUGAAUCGGGGACGGUCGCCCGGCCCGUCGGCUGUUGGUCGGUGUAA